CGGUACCUGCGAAUUUUUGAUUACGUGAUUGUAAUUCGUCCCGCGUCUAAAUAGGUACCUGAUCGUCUUUCGAUCCGAUCAAAUAGUAUGGUUCGAGUAUUUUGGAUAGGAUCGAAUCCGUACGAUGAGUUUUCGGAUUAGUCGGCAUUUUUGCCCGCCCCUAACCACCAGUCGUGCAUAUGGUAUGAAAGCCUCCUCGUCUUCUUCGCCUUUGCAUUUUGCCACGCACUUGCUGUUUACUGAAGAGUGUUCAAAAGGAGAAUUUUGGGUUAAAUAUUGAUUUGUUAUUUCUGUCUUUCUGUGCAAUUUCUCAUAAAUCGGAUAUGGUUAAGGAUUUUUUUUAAAUUUAUUUGUUCAUACCCUAAAAGUCUCUGAAAAUCAUGCUGAAACCCUCCGUUCAUGGACAUCUGAUGACUCAAUACGGGUAGACUCGGCCGCUCUUUCGAGUCCCGGAGUCGACUCGGUCCGAAUCUUCCGAGUCUGAACGAGUUUCCACCGGGUCUACCGUCUCCGGUAUAUGACGGACCAGUUGCGGAAGUUGCGGUGAGAAUUCAGCCCGGUCGAGUCCACUGGGACUCGACCGAGUCUUUGAUUCAGUUAUAUUCUCAACUGUUUCAACUUUUAAUUGUCGUGUCGUGUCGUGUCCUUGCGUUUGCAUUGUGCAACCCAAAGUUGAGAUAAAGGGAAAUGGAUGUCUCCUUCAUUUAGGUUCCUUUGGUGAGUGAAACAGUAUUGUAAGGAUUAUGAAACCGUAUCAUUCGAUGAUUCGUCGACUGGUUCCUUUCUUCUCAACUCGGAUUCGAGAAAACCACCUGAGACUCCUCAGUUCGACAUUGGCAUCAUCCUCUGCUCUCCACGAACAACCUCCUCUGCAGUCUUCGCAUUCCCAAUCUCAAUCUAUAGUUGCGGUUCACAUGACCGACAAUUGCGUCCAGAGAAUGAGGGAACUGCAAUCUCAGGAAGGCAAGGAAAAGAUGCUAAGAUUGAGCAUAGAAGCCGGUGGCUGUUCCGGUUUUCAGUAUAACUUCUCUCUUGAUGAUAAGUGCAAUGAUGAUGACAGAAUAUUUGAGCGGGAAGGAGUCAAAUUGGUAGUUGAUAAAAUAUCUCUUGAUUUUGUAAAGGGUGCAACUGUUGAUUAUGUUGAAGAGCUUAUCCGUUCAGCUUUCCAGGAUUCUGGUCCAUAAAGCAGCAACAAGGUUUUUUUGGUAUGCAGGUAUCUACAAACCCAAUUGCUGUGGGUGGCUGCAGCUGUAAAAGUUCCUUUGUGGUGUAGUAGUUCUCUGACAUUUGUUUUGUUUCACUAUUCAGCUUGAGUCAAGAGGUUAUUUUCAUUCUCCUUUUGGUCCUGAAUCUAUGCUACAUUUUUUUCUGUGCUCCAUUUAUUGACUCAUAAUCCUAAUUAAAUUCAUUAAUGUUGAUUUGCUGUAUGAUUACCGUAAGCAGCAGUUUUAACUUUAUAUUUAAAUUGGGGAUACUAUUCAUGACCUGUUUCACUAUAUCUUUGACUCUUGAUACAAAAUCAGUACGGAAAAAUGGGGGGCGGUGCACUGCAGGGGAAGAAAAUGGUGUCCUUUUGGUUGAGGUGAUUUCUGAAAAUAAAUGUAUUUACUGAACUUGGAGCAUUAAUUGGAAUUCCACCCAAAGUGUUUGGUAUUCUGCCAAUGUCAGAAAACAGUCAAAGAUACUUGCUCUAUGUGAGCUGUUAGGUAUGGUGUGGUUAUUCUGCUAUUGCUACUUGAUGUUCAGUUUUUCUGGUCAUGCUUCAUUUUAUUUUUCCUUUGAAGAGUUAAUCUCGUACAGAGAUAUGCCGUCUUACAACAAAAAUUUUCUUUUGUUAUCUAGGCUGCUCUUUUAUUUAUGUGUAGUAAAUGCAGCCCUAUUUGAUGAAAAUUAGGUAGGGCAUUUUGUGUGUGUGUGUGUGUGUGUUUUUUUUCUUUAAUUUCUAGGUAGCUUGGUAUUUACAAUUCCGCUAUUGUCUCAUCGAAUUUUUGGGGUUUUAUUAUUUAAACUAGAAAGGUGGACAUUAUCAAUGGACACUGGCACUGAUUUGUAGUAUGUCGCAAGGAUGGAAUCGCCUGGUAUUGACCAUUGAGUAUUGGGGGCAUCUUACAAAUGUUUUUUGGUCCUCUUUUCGGGGAGAGUUGUUAAGCUGGAUCCUUUGACAUUUGAAUCAACAUUCAAAAUUUUGGCUGCUUUAGUCUUGCUAACUGUUUGUGAAUUUCACCUUUUUAUGAGACCAAAAUUCAACCUAUGGCAAAAGGGAGAUGCAAGUGUAAUAAAGAGAAGUUGCAGCAUAGAUGUAAUUUUACAGCUAUUGUUGCAGCAAAUAGUACUCCAACUCUGGGAUUAUAAAGGCAGCAAGAUAACAAAAUAGAAAUACAAGUUUAGCAGCAAAAAGAGCAACUUAAAGAGGAAAUUAGCAGAAAAAUAUUGUAGCUUAUCAUAACAAGUUCUAAUGUUAGAAGACAUUCUAUAAUUCACCAACAUCAUUUAACAUAUAGAAUCAAUAUUAUGGUUGCGAUUGGAAGACGACAAUCAGGAUUUCAGAGCGAAAGGAAUUCAAAUAAGCUAUAUUUGCUUCCUAUGUCUAUUUGAUGUGUUGGGUAAUAGUAGUGCUAAAAAUUCUGUCUUUUAUUGCUGUAGUAAAAAAAAUGCUAUUAUAAAUGGCAAUUUUGUUAAUGAUUGCCGUGAUUCUUUUAAUUUUUUUAAUUUUCAAAUUCAUUUAUUUUUUGUGCCAAUUUUAGUUAAUCAAUUAGGAGUUUCCAAUAGGGUAACAUUGUCAAUUAGGAGUGAAAAGGGGAUGUAAAGAUAGAUAUGGCCUUGGAAAAAUCUGCCAAAGUUCCAGAUGGCUUCUUCAGUGGUGGGUUCAGAAUCUAAAAGCCACAAUAUUGAUUCAAUUGGCUUUGAGCAGGGGAGACCAUAAAAUCAAGAAGUAUUUAAGUGUUAGGGUGCAAUCUAUACUAAUUGAGGCCAAUCUAGUCACUCAUGAACUUGUUCGGUCAAAUUUUGAGGUUAAAGUUGUAUUGACGGAGUUCAGCAUUUUAUUCGAACAGUUCUAAUAAAGUGACAACUUCAAACUCGAACCUAAUAUGUGAGGCAAAAAUUUGUCAAGCUUAAUUGAGUUCAAUUGAGCUUCACGCAUAUAUACUUGAAUAUUUUUAAUAUUUAUUUGUAUGAAAUGUCUAUCAUAACCUUUGUUUAAAAUUAUAUAAAGUAUUCUUUGUUUAUGGAAUGUUUUGUAUAAAACCAUUGCUAAGUUCCUGGUGAAUAGACUUAAGCCCCUCCUGAACUAUUGCAUUAGUAAUUCUCAGGCAGCAUUUGUACCCAAUGGGCAAAUAUUAGAUAUUGUUAUCAUAGCUCGUGAGUAUAUUCACGGGCUUCAUUCUAAGAGAGGGGAAAGGUGGAGGGGGGCAGGGGAGAUGUCUCAGGCAGCAUUUGUACCCAAUGGGCAAAUAUUAGAUAUUGUUAUCACAGCUCAUGAGUAUAUUCACGGGCUUCAUUCUAAGAGAGGGGAAAGGUGGAGGGGGGCAGGGGAGAUGGCUAUAUGGCCCUUAAAUUAGAAGUGUCUAAAGCCUAUGAUAGAGUUGAGUGAAAAUUUUUGUAUGUCGUGCUUAGCAAAAUGGGCUUCUGUCCACUCUGUAUCAAAUGGAUUCAUGGCUGUCUUUCUUCUGUGUCUUACUUCUUCAAUAUAAAUGCUGUUCAAUCUGGUUACAUUUGCCUUUCUAGAGCCAUUAGGCAAGGGCACCCUCCAUUUUCUUAUCUCUUUGUGUUUUGUGCUGAGGGUCUUUCUAACCUCAUUAACAAUGCUGUCGACAAUAAUAAGCUUACUCGAGUGAAAAUUUCUAGUCGAAAUAUACCCCCGUAUCUCAUUUAUUUUUUGCUGCCAACUCUUGGAUCUUUUGCAAAGCUAAGCAAGACCUACAAUGCUAUGAGCAAGCCUUUGGCCAACAGAUCAAUAUUGGCAAAUCUGCUGUCUUUUUCAGCAAGAAUACCAGUCCUAGAAAUGUGGAGGAUGUGAUGCACCAGUUAGGAGGAAUACAAUAUGCAACACAAACGAAAUACCUAAGCCAAUGGUAAUUGGUAGAUCCAAGAACAGUGUGUUCAGAUUCAUAAAGGAUAACACGAGUGCCCGGGUCCAGAAUGGGAAAGGUAAACUGCGUAGCAAUGUUGGUAAGGAGGUUCUCCUGAAAUCUCUUGCUCUUCCCUCUUAUGCUAUGUCAUUAGUCAAAUUAUCUGAUAACCUCUGCAAAGUUCUUAUUGGAAUUAUGGCUAAAUUUUGGUGGGGAAAUGACCAAGGGCAAAGGAGAAUGCAUUGGAUAAAAUGGUAUGAUCUCUCUGAAAUCAAAGGUAAAGGUGGAUUCGGUUUUAGGGUAAUACAAUGUUUUAAUGUUGCCUAGCUGGCACCUAUCCAAACUUGUUGGUUAGCAAGGUGAUAAAAGGCAAGUAAUAUCCUAAAACCUUCAUUUUUGAGUCGAAUGUUAAGGCUGGUGUCUCUUGGAUGUGGCAAAGUUUACAUCGCUUCUAAAUAUGCUGGAAAGUGGUGUUUGGAAACAGGUGGGAGAUGGUAAAUCUGACAACAUAUGGGGGGAUAGGUGGGUAGGAUAUUCUAGCAAUGGGAAGAUCAUCUAAGCUAGACCAAAAGACUGCCAACUAGUGAUGGUUAAUAGGUUGAUUCAAGGAUAGCAGUGGAAUAGCAACCUGAUCCGUUCUAUGUUCUCAAAGGAAGAGGCUGAAGCUAUCUUGCAAAUUCAUUCGAGCAUCUUUGGGGAAAAAAGAUAGGUGCAGAUGGCAACACACAGCAAAUGGAUUCUGCUCAACCAAAUCAGGUUAUGCAAGGGGAUAAGAGAGAUGGAGAAAUCAUAUGCCAACAAAGCACAUGUGAACUCCAGCAGAAAUAACGAGAAAUCCAAAGUCUGGAAUCAGUUGUGGGGGUUGAACAUUAAGAGACAAAGUUAAGCAUUUUCUGUGGAAGUGCCUCCACUACAUUCUACCACUAUGAGGAGAUUUUUAGAAGAAUAGGUAAAGGAGACCCAAUGUGCAAAUGCUGUGGUGAAGCCCCUGAAACAUUGGAACAUGCUUUACUCCUGUGCAAGGCAAGAGAAUUUGCCUGGAACAUGUUCCCCAUUGUGUGGGAUGGCAUUAGUGAGCAUAAAUGGAACUUCUGGAUAUGGUGGGAAUCCAUGCAAGAAGCAAGAUCAAGAUUGGAUGGUUAGGAACACAUUGAACUCACUGCCAACUUCCUCUGGCAGCUAUGAAAAACAAUAAAUGAGUGGUCCUUCAACCAGAAGCAAAAAGACAACCAUCAAAUUUCCAAGAAAGCUGUGGGAAACUGGAUCGAAUUCAAAGAGGUUUGAUAGGAUUGCAAACAAUGCUGCUGAAGAUCACAAUCACGUGGAUGACAGUCAAGGCAUACUAGCUGAUCUUCUUAUGCAACAUGCCACCACAUGUACACUGACGCAGCCUUCAGUCAGAGUAACCCUCAAUCUGGGAUGGGAAUUGUAGCGAAAGGAAGCAAUGGCAACAUUAUCAUAACUUGGUCCAUACCAUGUACAUGUGCUAAUGAUGCAACAAUACAAGAGGCUAUUACCAUCCGGACUUCUCUAAGCUAUUGAGGAAAGCAUGAAAUAUUUAUUGAUUCUUUCCGAUUGUAAAGCUGUGGUGGAGAGAAUCAAUCAAAGCUGCAAUGGGUUGUCCCCACUGGAUGUGAUCAUUAACGACAUCAGACAGCUUAGCCGAUCGUUUUGGAAGUGUACUUUCUUUUAGUUUAAAAGAGAGAUGAACUUGUGUAGACAUGACUUAGCCAAAUUGGCUAUCUAUCUUUUACAUGAAACUUGGUGGAAGAGUCCUUUCUUAUGUGGCUUAAUAGAGAGGCCCAUAAAGAUUUCCUGACAGUUGCCCGUUUCCUACAAAGCUGCUGCGCAGUCUAACUAAUCCUGUAUCUAUUGUUUAUAUAUAUCUAAAAGUUGAUUUUUGAC